GUUCGCACGAAAAUGACAUCAGGGUUUCCUUCUCUCGAAAGAAAGAAGAUCGGUGGCAAACACGUUAGGAAACUUACCCCUUUCUCCUUAGCGGGAACCAACCCAACCCAUCUUCCUUCGUUCGAAUUCCAUCUCCAAUUCGAAAAAUAGAAGAGGGUACGCGCACAGGAAAGAAAACCCAAACGAAAAAUAAAGCAUUUUCAACGAUUUGAAUCAUUGAAAUUUCAGAGUUCUUGAAGAAAAUCGAUGGAAGAUCAUCGACCCAGAAGACAAUCUUUGAAAAACCAUCAUCCUGAUUGGAAAGAUAAGCUUCGGCAGAACUGUUUGAAGAGGGUUCAAGAAGAUCGAGCUCACUUGCUUUGGAAAGUCAGGUCAACUGAGAAACCGGCUCCGAGUCAAAAGGGAAUUGUGGAAUCUGCUUUGUGGAACAUAGUUUCGGACGAACUGAAGAAGAUUAAGCAAUCGUCUUUGAAUGACUGCUCAGGAAUUUCGAUAUCUGACACUGAUGAUGCUAUAUGGGAAUUUGAUGGUUUGCACAUGACCUCUGUAUCAAGUGAAAGCGAAUGCGUAGAUUUAUUGAUAGAAAUGGAAAAGGCUCUUCAUGAAGAUUUAAAAGAAGAAUUGUGCAGAAGAGAGCUAGAGAUUAUUGAAAAAACUCUCGCAGAAGAAGAUGAGUACUUAGCCCAGGCAGUUUAUGAACAAAUGAAACUUGGCAAUGGCCAGGUUGGCAAGGACGACAGGGUUUGGUGUCCCAUCUGUAAGCAAGGAGAUUUGAGAGAGAAUCAUUAUCUUAUUUACUGUACUUGUUGCAAGCUUCAGAUCGAUGUCCAAAGCGAUAAGGUGAAUUUGGAUUUUUUGCGGGUUCGGUUGGCUGAAUCCCACAUGGAACAUCUUGAUAGAGGAUGCAGAGCAACACCCAACUUUUGCAUGGAGACCUUGUUCAAUCUAACUGCAUUGUACAUCAAGUGUCAAACCUGCAGUACAUUUGAAAUUGUAGUCUAACUUAUUUCCUCUCAUGUUUUUUUUUUUUUUGUAACUCAUGGAUCCAGGCCGUCUGUUAGGAUGGCCCAAAACUGAAUGUUUGAACCAUGCAAAAAGUAGCCCAAUAUGUCCAUUAGUUGGAUAGUGAAUACAAUUCUGGUCAAAUUCCUUUGACUUCUUAAGCUGAAAUUGUAUCAGCGGUCUAAUUAAUGGAUAUUGUAGGCAACUUUUUGUGUGGUUUAGAGCAUCCAAUUAAUCAGGUUUGGGCAAUGGGCUUCCAAGAAGUGGCCGUUGCAAUGGACGGCCCGGAUCAAUGAGCACUUUCACUGGUGUCUGUUAAUGAAGGUCAAUUUUCUUCACCAACGACAGUGAGGGUUAAGAAAGAGUAAGUUCCAACUUUGCAAGACGUUCUUUACUAAAUUGUACUGCAGUUUUCUCUUUCUUUUCAUAAAUUGUAUUAUUAAAAUUUUAUUUUUGUGCAACUCAAAGAGGUGAAUGGUUUUGUACCAAUUUUCUUGACAUAUCUGUAGAUUGAUUUGGGCAUAAGAUAUGUAUUCUCUUUGGAUUCAAGUCAA